GAGUCUCCGCUGCGCUCGGGAGAGCUUAGCUAAGUAGAAUAAGUUUUAGUUUCUCACUUUUAUCACAAUUAAAGAAAAACCCCUCGUCAACAAAACGCACGCAGUGCUCGUGCCUUGGAUAGCAGACGUACCCGAGGUAUUCAAUCCUACCGUGUCCGAGUCUGCCGGAAGUCGGAAGUGCGCGAGGUUCCUAAAGCUCAGCGCUGAAGAGCGUCUGCGAGCAGUCCUCAUCAACAAAUACUGAGCCAAUUGCCUCGCUCACGAGCAUUCCACAGGAGAGUGCCGAAGCGGUGAUCGUUGCAGGAAGUGCGACCGAUCCCACCACACGCUGCUCCACAUGCACGAGCAGGUUAGCUCGUCGUCGCGGUCGCGAGCGCGCGCUCGUCUCCAACCGGUGUCAACCCGUCAAGCAGCUUCGGCCUUGUCCCAGCGUUCCCGCCGGCAAAAUCCGCCAACUCAGCGUAGGAGUUCACUGCCACAACGCCCGGAAUUGACCACGCCAGGCCCAUCGCUCGCGUCGCUACUGCAACGCCACAGCGUGAACAUCCUUCCGACAGCGCUGGUCAAGUUGGAGACGGGGACGCAGACCUUCGAGACCGCAGCACUCAUCGAUCCGUGCACCCCCAUGAGCUGCAUCGACGCUUCGUUGGCGUCAGCCUUUAAGCUACCGAUGACCAGUGUUGGCGAAGAGAAGGUCUGCACGACGACGAUUCGCUCCAGGGUCGACGCGGGAACGAAGCUGGAGGUCGUGCUCAAGAUCGAGGCCAGUGUGCGGAUCCGCACACCAGUUCGGGCAUUGAGCGACACAGUGGUGUCAAAGUUCCGGGACAUCAUGCUGGCGGAUGACCAGUUCCAUCGGCCUGCUACCGUCUCCAUGGUCUCGGGAGCAGAUGUUUAUCCAAAGGUCAUCCAACGGUUUUUGGGUGGAUCGUGUCCAGUGCCUGCAGCGUGCUGUAGGACGUAUAUGUUGCAACCCCAGUGAUUGCAAGGGCGGCGGAAUGUCCAAGUUACGGGGCGAGGACUGUCACCCGCUCUCCGCUCUCUCCCUCUCGCUCUUCAUCACAGAAUCUCCAAUUCUACUCUUCUCAUGGCAGCACAAUUUGGAGCCUCCGCUGCGCACGGGAGAGCUUAGCUAAGUAGAAUAAGUUUUAGUUUCUCACUUGUAU